CCUAAUGUAUUAAGUUUCCCAAAUAGUGUUGAGUAUAGCCUGAAAAUCAAGAGAAAAUAGAAAGUCAAGGCAACCAAGAUGAACAUUCCAAAUCUCUUGGUUGUAGCAUUUCCAGUCCAAGGACAUGUGAAUCCCUUGAUGAACUUCUCACAAAAGAUGGUUGAGCAUGGAUGCAAAAUCACUUUUGUGAACACAGACUUCAGCCAAAAGAGGAUGAUGAGUUAUGUGGGAAAUCAAGAAAGCCUUGAAGAAUCACCAACCAUAAAGCUGGUUUCAAUCCCUGAUGGUUUAGAAGCUGAUGAUGACAGAAGUGAUUUGGGUAAGCUUUGUGAUAGUGUGCUAAGCACCAUGCCUUCUAUGCUAGAGAAGGUCAUACAAGAUAUUCAUGAGAAUAGUGGUGAGAGAAUCACAUGCAUAGUUGCUGAUGUGAUAAUGGGAUGGGCAUUGGAAGUAGGGAGAAAGCUGGGAAUCAAAGGAAUUCUCUUCUGCACAGCAUCAGCUGCUACGUUUGCCUUGGAAUACAAAAUCCCUGAGCUCAUUCAAGAUGGCAUCAUAGAUUCUCAUGGAUUUCCAAUUACGAAAGGGAGAUUUCAAAUAUCACCAAGCAUGCCUUCGAUGGACACAAAAGCAAUUUGGUGGUCAAACGUCUAUGACCCAACAACUGAGAAGAAAAUAUUCAAGUAUCUGGUGCACUGUAUGCAGAAUUCAAAUCUUGCAAAGUGGUGCAUUUGCAACACCACAUAUGAACUUGAACCCAGUGCAUUAUCUUGUGUUCCAAAGCUCCUACCAGUUGGUCCAUUGUUGAGAAAUUAUGACAAGACAAAUGUAACUGCAAGAUCAUUGGGACAGUUCUGGGAAGAAGACCACUCUUGCAUAGAUUGGCUGAAUCAACAACCUCAUUGUUCUGUUUUGUAUGUUGCCUUUGGUAGUUUCACUCUUUUUGACCAAAACCAGUUCAAUGAACUAGCUCUUGGGCUUGACCUCACCGGUAGAUCCUUUCUUUGGGUUGUAAGACAAGACAAUAAGAUGGCUUUUCCCAGUGAAUUCUUGGGGAGUAAAGGUAAGAUUGUUGGUUGGAUCCCUCAACUGAAGGUGCUAAAUCACCCUUCCAUAGCUUGCUUUCUUAGCCAUUGUGGUUGGAAUUCUAUCAUAGAAGGUUUUUCUAGUGGGGUGCCCUUCCUGUGCUGGCCUUAUUUUACUGACCAAUUUCACAACAGAAAUUACAUUUGUGAUGAGUUGAAGGUUGGACUUGGAUUGAACUCGGAUGAAAAUGGACUUGUGUCACGCUGGGAGAUUAAGAAAAAACUGGACCGAUUGAUAAAUGAUGAACAAAUAAGAACAAGAAGUCUAGAACUUAAAGAGACGGUCAUGAACAACAUUGCAGAAGGUGGUGGAUCUUCAGAGAAUGUUAGUAGAUUGUUAAGCUGGCUGAAAUCUUGAGAGUAUAGUAGCUAUGUCUUUGGUCUUAACGCAUGCAGUGUUCAAGAUAGAAGGUUCUCUAUAAUGGUUAUGUUGACUUUGGUAUUGGUAUCGGUGUCAUGUAAUGUUUAAUAUAGAUUUCUUUGAUCUAUAAUAUAUUUCAGGUCAAUUACGUAGCAGCUUAAAUUGUGAUGC